UGCCCGUCAAAUUCCGCUGCUAACGGUGCAUUUGGACGAAACGCAAUCAUAGGAAGACCACCGAUAUUUCAACAAAAGGGAGCCCGGACCGUGAGCGGAUGGACGCUGAGCGCGAGCAGCUUUUGCCGGUGGGGUACCACGCACGGCCGCGACACGGCUCUCAGAGCGGGGCGCUUAUUCCGAAUGAGCUUUUUGAAGGCAAUGCAAACCCGGACGAGGCCGACACCGACUCAAGGAACCGUGCGGCGCAUCUGGAAGCUUGCCGCCGGUCUUUGGAGUUUCAGAUGGAGCAGUACCUGAAGUAUGUCGUCAGGGUCCGCAGUACUGGCAUGGAGCCAAAAGGCCUUCUUGCCGGGCUAGAAGUACCCGAGAGUGGACCCAACGCGCCUACACUUGACUUUUGGUGCUUGAUCGCAGUCCGGGACCGUUUUAUUGCACGGUCGAAUAUCUUGCUCGAGGAACUACGGGCCAAGAAGACGAGGGCAAGGAAAUCUCUCGCGAGAUCACUAAGGUCCUCAGGCUUGGUCGCCUCUAUAUCCGUCAUAGCUACUUCAGUGGCUGCUGAGCCCGCUAUACGGCCGAUGCUUUACGCAGCUUGUUUCUUGCCUUUACUUUACAACGCCCCCUUGGUUGGCAAGGUAUGGGUGACUGAGAGAUGCGAGGGUAAACUGAAGGCUCUUGUGCAGCGCGCCAUAGUUUGGGACUUGGACGGAGGAGACAGGGACGAGUUGCAGUCCUUUUCGCGCUUAUUCCGGAUGCUGCUAUGAGUGUCUGUAGACUGGCUCUUAAGCGCGUCGCUAGACGGCUGGCGAGACAGCUGGUAUUGAUAGCAGUCAUCCCACGGCUCCAUGGGCCACGCAGGGGUGGCUCUGGGUCGGGUCAACCAGGCCGGUAACGGGUCUUGAUCGCCAAUCAUCCCAAAAUUAGCUACACUAGAGAUCUUCCUUGCUCGAGUUGCUAAGACUAGCAUCUUUGGAUGGCCAGAGACUCCCUCGGUGGGGAUGAGAUUACGGAGACGUGUAUGUGAGUAGGCAUGGGUAAAGUAAGUUGUUGGAGGUAACCGC